AUGUCGGAGCAGAAGAUGUUGAAGAGGAUUGGGGAGAGGAUGGCUCCUUGCAGGACACCGGCAUUGAUUAUGAAAGGGGUUGAGGAGGCUUUGUCGAUUUUAAUUGAUAUGGAUCUGUUGAGGAGGAAGCUUUGCAGAAAUUUAGCACAGUUUAUCGCAAACAUUCGUUGGAGUAACAACAACAGCCAAAUACUUAAAAUGUAUAUUCACAAAGAAGUUAGAUCAAUCCAAGGAAGAAUUGAAGAGUAUGUAGAUGGUGAAAAUAGAAACUAUUUGCAGGAUGUAGCAAUGGUGAGACAAUUACAGAUGUUAAAUAAUAUCGUAUUGAAUCAAAAUGGUAAAAUAGUGGCAGAAACGGUUAAAUUUGUGGACGAGUUAUGUGAGAAAACCUACGGUAUUAUUCAAAAGACAGCAUUCGAAGUCCUCAGAGAACUUGUUUUCAAAAAAGAAGGUUUCAAUAAUAUCAGGGAACGAAUCAAGCGGCAACACGAGGAAAAAAUGAGGGAAACUUUGAAUAUAAUGAAACAGAAGCAGAAACAGAGUGAUGUGCAAAUGAAGACGAAACAAGAAAAAUCAGAAACAGAGAAGGAGUUGGAUACGAAGAAAGUACAAAAAGAAAAGGAGGUAAAGAAACAUAGUGAUGUACAAAUUAACACCAAGGAAGACAAAUCGGAAAGGGAGAAGCAGUUGGACAUACAAAUUGCGAAUAUGAGGAAAGUCCAAAAAGAAAGAGAGGAAAAGGCUCGUGCAGCCAAAAAUGAAGAGAAGAAAAGGAAACGAAAAAGGAUAGAAGAGGAAGACAUAUUAACGGAAGAAGAAGCGAGACAAAUCGAAGAGAUGUUGUCACAAACAGAGGAAAAGGUUAUAAGUAAGAGGAAGAAAAGUAAGAAAGCUAAGGAAUUAGCAGACUUGGCUUUACAAAUCGAACAAAAUUUGUUCAAUACAUAA